UUAUUCUUUAUUCUUAAGUUGAGUGCUUUAAUAAUUUGGAUUGAUGCUUUUGUACUGUGUGGAAGCUGGCUCUUGCGUGUGCUGCCCCUCUCUCAGAGUAGGUAGGAAAACUGAGUGGACCAUUAAAGAUCAGCAUUUGUAUUGAGGAGGUGUCAUAUGGUGACCAGUAAAAGCGUCUAGCUUCUGGUCAUAGAAAGGUGUUAAGUUUGAAAAGGAAUUUAGAAGUAUUAUGAGUCUUGCAUUACGGAACUAAGCUCUGCAUCUAUUGUGAGAGAAGAAUGAUUGAGUAAUAUUCCUUUCUCUCUAUUGCUUAAUACCUGUAAGUAUAGUUCUGUUUCUGUGAUUUACUUAUGAGUGAUAAAGCAACAGUAGUCUGCCACCAUUGCAGUUGUUUUAUGUCCUCUAUUUUAUCUGUCACAUCCUUCAUAGUGACCUGGAGAUUGACUGUUCUUGUAAUAAUAAGCACUGGAACAGGCUGUCCAGGAAAGUGGUGGAGUUGCAAUCCCUGGAGGUAUUUAAAAGACUUGUAGAUGUGGUGCUUAGGGGCAGGACAUAGUGGUGGAGUUGACAGUGUUAGAGUAAGGGUUGGAGUUGAUGAUCUUAAAGGUUUUUUCCAACCUAAACGAUUUCGUGAUUCUGUGUUUUCAAUGCAAAAUACAUAAAGAAAAGUAGUAGUAGAAGUUGCUGAAGUGAAGGAGUAUGAAAUUCUGCAACCAAAACUCUUCCUAAAGUUUGUACAAAUCCCAGAUUUGCUUCAGCUACUCUAUACUGAUCUGGUCUUGAUCUUGGCUUCUAAAAGCGUGCGUGGAGCUUUCACAGGUAGAGAGCUGGGGGGUUGGUGGUGGUUAUGGAGUUCAGUACACACACUCCUCACAAACUUACUGAAUGUACCAAGGGAAAAUAGAUAUCUUUGUGGAUCUUGGUCACAGAAUAAUCAACUCAAACUAGGUGGUAACAAUUGAAAAGUCAAUGAACCCAAACAUUUCUUAAUUAGACAGUCCUUAGGCUAACUGAAGUAAAGCUCAAAUAUCCUAGUUAUUAAUUUGUUCUUGAGAUAACCUGUGCAUUCUUUGUUAAUCAAAUUACAUUAUAAACUGGUGGAAAACUGAAUUUGGCAACACUUGGCAGACUAAGGUUUCUUGGUUUGUAUGGAAAAUAUGGUAAAAUUACCAAUUUAUAAAACUGAAAACCUUUGGAAGAUUCAUAAAAUGGUUUCGGUGAUUCCUCAAGGGAGCUUUUAUUAGUUCAUCUUUCUCAAUUUGUUUUCAAUUCAUUGAAAAAGUACUUCUAGAACACAUCAAAAAUUACUGUUCAUUUAUGUUGCUGUAUGUCAGAAUGAUGCUUAGCAAAAUAUUCUCAAAAGUGGGGAAUAUCUAGUAUAGCAGUGAUAGAUAAUUCUAAUCCUCCAGUUCUUACAAUUUGUCUGGUGUAUGAGUUCCGAAAAGCAUUCUUCUGAAAGAUUAUUGCUCCUAAGUAAACACUUGUGGGACUCUAAAGUAACUGAUCAGCUUUAAGUCAGUAAGUGAAAGUGAGUGUUCUUAUUUUAUAUAUAUAUAUGAUUAGACAUUAAUGCCUACAGUUCAAUCAUCAGGAUGUUUUCCCUAAAUGCCGAUCCCAUUUGUUUUCAUUCAUUUUUGUUUUCUUCUCAACAAAAUGUCUAUGCAUGAUGAUGUCUUUCUGUCCUUUUGUGUCCUGAAGGCAGAUAUAGUUUCGGUGUAUCUUGGCUAUAUCUGCAGAUAUUUGCCACAUAGAGUAAUCCCUGCCCCCAGGUAGGCAUGGUUAACACCUGUAAAUAUGGUAGUGCCUCUAACACUGAUGUGCCCACUCCUGGAGUCCAGGACUCCUGUGGAUGCCACGUAUGUCCCCGUGGCACUGGGGCAGAUUUCCAUGUAACAGACUAGGUUGCUUGAAUUUCCACCAGUUUGUUUUAUUCAGCACGUUGUUAUGAGCAAAAUAGGAACGCAUUUUCGGUAUAGAGUCAACAACUGAUUGUUAGUCUAAUCAAAAUCUUAACAGUCUAAUCAAAGACGUAGUAUAAGUCCAGGUACUAAGAUGGUUCAAGCUACGUUAAGUCACAGUGAUAAAGGCACAAGCUAUAGUACCAAACCCUUUAUCUGGUGUUACAUUCUUCCGCAACUCUUCUUCUGGGACUUAAAUGGCUUCAGCUGGGAGUGGGAAGUCUUUGCAGGAAGUCAUCAGCAUCCCAAAUCCUUCCCUGGUUGGAGAAGGAUAGUCAUGGCUUCUUCUUCCUUGCCUGGGGUACAUUUGAGAUCAUUUUUUUUAUCCUUUUGAAACACUGUGCUCCUUGCUCUUUAGUCUAUUCGUUGAUUCAUGAUUCCACAUUACAUCUGAAUUUACUACAUGUGGUGUGUUUUACAUAGGUUAAGUACUUGUUCUUUUUCUGUAUGUUGCCUAUAGAAGUUUUUUUACCCAGCUCCCAAAACUGCAUGCCAUUGAUGAUCAGCAAUGGAACUGUUACCAGCUUGUAGCUUUGGUAUACAUGGUUAGGUAUAUACUUAUGAAAUAUCUUCAAAAACUGCAUUAUUUCAGAAAUAAAAAGAACAGUCAUUACUGGUCGUUUGAAUGUUUGCAGUAACUGAUACCUUCCAGGAUGUGUUUAGAAAUUGCUAGGAUAAGUGAUCUCAAGCAUGGUUAUCAUCUUUCUGGACAUUGCAAUGCAAUUUUAGUUUUCAUCAGAAUCCUCUCUGACAUAAAUUUUAAGCAUGACAUUUAUUUGGAGCAUUUUGUAAAUAUUUAGGUGUUUAAAAAAACAUUAUUCUGGAAACUUACUCCCUGAGUAAAGAAAAACAUACCUCUUCCAAAUCAUUCAGGAUUUAUUUCCCAGUAGCUUUCCAAUUUAGAAAUGUGUUGGGAUAUUUAUUCCUGUAAUUCCUUUUGUAUAGAUUAUGAGGGCAAAUGGAUUCCAAUGCAGACAGUUGUGCUAAGAGUGAACUGAGCCAGAAAGCUUGAAUUUGUAAUGAAACCUGUAAUGAAGCAGCUGACACUUCUAUUCUCCUUGGGUAUGCAAUUUUGCGUGUCUAGACAGGGGAACAGAAGGCCGAGAAGCAUGCUAGGUUUAUUUUAUUGGGGAAUAAUAUAGUGAAAGAUUUAUAGCUCAUUUACAAGCUUGUUGUAUGCCCUGCAGUAGAGAAGAGUUUUGAUUGAAAGCUGCUCAAUUUUUUGUGUGUAAUUUGCUUUACCAUUUAGAAAUGGGCAAGGAGCUUAUGUCAUUCAACAGGCAGAACUGAUGGGCUCCGCUACAAGUCCUAUUUAUUCACCCACUAGAGACUUGAUGUCCUGAAGCUGGAUUGAGGGAACGUAGAUGGUGAAAUAAGCUUGAGAGCCGUGAAGAGUGGCAAGAAAGACAAAAGACAUGGGAGGCUUAGUGCGUUUGGUAAAAUACUUCUUAAGCUGAUGAGAAAAUUCUUUUGAUGGAGAAGGAAAAAAUGCAUUCUAAAUGUUAACUGUUUGCUGGACUGAAAUGCCACGAUCUCAUGCUUUGGAGACAAAGAUGAUAAAUCCAAGGAAAUAAUCCAGCUGCUUCCAUUGUGACAACUGAAAAGUCCUUUGUGUCAAAAUGAAGAGUCUUUGAGAAAAAUCUGGAAAGCAAUUAAAUCUGAAAAAUGGGAGAAAGAGUAAGGACCCCAGAUUCUGAACACGACAGGAAAUCAGAGGGGGAUAAAAAUAGUGACUCCUAUUAUUCAGAUGAAGAUAACACAUCUCAUUCAUCUGGCCAGUCGCCAACACUAAGCUAUCCAUCUACAAGCCAAGAAAAAGAUCACAAAACCCGAACUUCCAACAGCCUUGUGCACUACCAAGCCACAAAAAAACUGAGUUCCAAAUAUGCACCAAGCAAAAGAGGGACACAGUGGGGAUUCCGUUCUCAGAGCCUCACUAGGGAUUCUCCUGCAAAAGAUAUAGAUCUUGUUACAAAAAGAGUUCUUUCUGCCAGGCUGCUGAAAAUCAAUGAGCUCCGAAAUGAACUGACUGAACUCCACAUCAAACUGGAUGAGCUGCAGAAAGAAAACAGGGCACUGAAGAGGCUUCAGCACAGGCAGGAGAAAGCCUUGAAUAAGUUUGAAGAUACAGAAAACGAAAUCUCUCAGCUCCUUGCUCGGCACAACAAUGAGGUUAGAAUAUUAAGGGAGCGCCUACGAAAAUCUCAAGAGAGAGAACGUGCAACCGAGAGACGGCUGAAAGAUUCGGAAGAUGAACUGUACAGGACAAAAACUGUCUUACAGAAACUGAAAAAGCUGUCUGCAGAUAAGCACCUUGCCGAAAGAGAUGACCUGGCAAAGAAACUAGCCUAUGCAGAGAACAGGCUAGAGGACAGUGAAAAAAGGAUCAAGGAUCUGGAAAAAAAUCUUGAAUUAAGUGGUAGCAGUUUUCAACGUGAAUUACAUUCAAAGAAAAAAAAGAUAUAUGAGGCUCAAGAAGAAAACAGAGUUCUCCAAGAAGAGCUUUGUCAACUAAAUCAAAAGCUGAAGGAAAAAGAAAGAGAACUUGAAGCAAAAAAUAUAUAUGCCAAUCGUAUGGUGAAGCUAUCGCCAAGAAAAGACACGGAUAUUCUACAAAGAAAAAGAGCCAACAACCAAAGUAUUAAAAAAGGAACCCAGAUCACAAAAGGCGUACAGACCAGUGGAUACUUCUCACCAGUAGAGUUUCUUCCAGAAUCGGAACUUGUCUGUGGUGAUAAAGUAAACAAGAAAGAAGAGAUUCUUCCUACAAUAGAAAAAGAAAUUCAAGACAAGGGAUGGGAAGAGCAAGCAGACCUAUUAAGACAAGACCGAGACAGGGAAAGAGAAGAGAAACCAAAACAUUUUCAGGAAGUACAGGGUUUAGAGGAGAGAUUUCAAAAACUACGUGAUGAGUUGGAAAAGGAGGAAUAUAACAAAAAGAAAAAUGAAAGUAGCAUUUUAUUGGAUGAAGAGGAGAAAACGAAGAUGGAGACAGAAAUCCGUAAACCUGAAGUAGAGAGAGAAAGCACUGAAAUGCUGGAAGAGCGGCGGAAAAGAGAGUUCCUGCUUGCUAAAAUGCGAGAAAUUGAUAAAGAAAUGCAAAAUGUAACAAACACGAAACCUAUUUCACAAGCACCAUUCAUAAAUAGAGCAAGCUCAGAUUCCCUGGAGAAGAAAGAAAAAACUAAUCAAUUCUUUGAGAUUCCCAGGAAGGCGACUAAUGGAUUUCCUGUAGACGGCAGCCAGGAUGAUGCCACAAGAGCACAAGGGCAGAAGCAACGAUAUCGAAGGACUGCAGAUUUAAGUAACGAGUUAACAUUUGGUAGUUAUGUACCUUCCUUUGGGAAAGGAUCAGGGCGACCAAGUUGGCUUACUCAAAAAAGUGACAACCUAGAUGAAAAUGUUAAGGAAAAUGUGGAUUUCAAUACUAAGAAGGAAAAGAAGUCUAAUUUAAUGGAAGAACUCUUUGGAAGCAGUGCCAGUACCAUCCUUUCUAAAAAUAAUGAUGCAACACCUUUUGACAUAGGUUGGGAAUCUAGUAAUACUCUCCUUGUUGACAAAACCAGCAAAGUUAAAGUAAAAGAAGACAAUGAGCUUCUUGCUGAAGGAAGAAACCUAAGCAGGCACCGUUUGCAAAACACUACAAGCAAGGCAGGAGUUAAGACUCUUGGUUCUUUAGAAGAUGAAAUCGAAGAAGUAAUCCUACAAUGAUUAUAUUUUUAUAUGUUUCGUAUGUAAAUACUGAAAAAAUAUUUUCAUGUAAUAUUUAUUAGAUACAGAUAUGGAACACUUCAGAUAUACUAUAAAGCCUAGAAUAAUUUACAUAAAUGUGUAUAUGAAUAGAGGAAAGAUGCACUUUGAUUGAACAGCCUAACCUAGAAAACCAGGAAACUUCUUCUAGAAUGUAACCAAACACAGACCUCGGGAGAACUGGCAGUGACUUUUUUGGCUGAAAGUCUGGGAAGGUGUCGUAUGGGACUUUGAUAGAUGAGAUAGGUGCUGGCUGGCUGCUUCAGUCAGUCAGAGAUGCUUUUACCCCAGCUUGGCAUCCAGACCAACUGUCACUGUUGCCAUGUGGCACCAUCUGACUUGGCAUCUGAGAGGCUCGGUAGUAGAGAGCUGGUAGGGUGCCAUAGGAAUGGAGGGACUUGCAGAGGCUUAUGCUCACACCCUUUGCUCAGGCUCUCAGGCAGCCUUCAUGCUCCCUUUCGCUCUUGCUGUCCUGUGCCCUUGCUCUCUUCCUCCCUCUGUCCUCUCUCGCUCUUGCCCUUUGCCUGCUCUCAACCUCUCUGAAUGCCAUUGCUCUCUAAAUGCUUGAGCCUUACUGAUGUGCAGUAGUAUGUUAAAUAAAAUUGUACUUCUCACAAGGGAGCAUUGUUGUUUAUAAUAGAAUGAGUUGGUUAAGAAGGUAGCAAGCUUUUCUGUGGUGGCUAGGUCAUUCAGAGUAGCUACUAGAUGAGCAUCUGGCUAGCCAGCAUAGCAGUCAUUUGGAUUGUCUUACCUGUAGACUGUACACAGUACACUGCUUUUCUUUUAGAGUACUGCUUCUAGGCCUCGGAUAUUUUCUUUCUCAGGCAUUUGGAGAGCCUCUGAGCUGUGCCAAGAGAAGGCAUGUGUAACAUUAGUGUCAUGAAAUGGACAGAAGAGAUGCACCUAACACAAAGGCUCAUGUAGAGAGAGAACAUUUUACUUUGCAAUCAUGUUAUCUCAGAACAACAAAAACAGUUAACUCAGGAAUGGCUGAUCUCUCUUCAUAGGUUUUCUGUAGACCUUGCUACCAAAUUUGUCUAACUGUUCUUAUAUAUUCUGGUUAUAUUUAUUAUAUAAUGCCAAUUUUUGUAAUUUCUGAAUUUUCUGUGUAAAAUUCCAAUCACUACUAAGUUGUUUUUUAACGAAA